AUGUACGAUUGCAAGUACACUGUCCGGGAUACGUCGGGAACACGGACUUUACUGCGAGAUUCCCGUGUUUUGCGAGGGGUCCUUGCGGUUCUGGGCUGUGAUGGUGUUCUUUUGAUUCGGCAUCGGCUUUCGAACGCGGAUGUUGCAGCUCUGGAAGACGACAACCGCGUUCCCGAAUAUGAAGUCCACUGUACCGUAUAUGUCGCACUCGCGGUAAAACUGUCUCUGGGAAUACUACUGCGUGGUCGGCCCCAACCCGGAGGGCUAAUGCUUGGUGAGUUGAGGGGCCCGCAUAGUUCUCGAAAAACCGGUACCCGUUGCGGCUAUUGCGUCGUGAAUACCAGUUGCAGAUCCUACCAACCAAGGGUUUGUGAGAAUUUUGGUGUUGAUCCCAUCCUUGAUGUCUCUUCUGAAGCAAUGCAGAGAACCUGGGUGUCAGUCACUGUGCCUCCCCAGGUUCCUCUGGUGAGGGUUCAGAAGAGGGCGACCCCUGCCAAUACGGAUGAUGCUAUUGACGCAGAAGACGGAAGAGAAAGAACACCAAUCGGCUGA